AUGUCGUCGAGUUCGUCCAACGUUGUCGGUGUGCAUUACCGGGUUGGGAAGAAGAUUGGUGAAGGCUCCUUUGGCGUCAUCUUCGAAGGCACAAACCUCCUCAACAACCAGCAAGUCGCCAUCAAGUUUGAACCCCGGAAGAGUGAUGCUCCACAGCUUAGAGAUGAGUACCGGACGUACAAGAUACUCGUCGGAUGCCCCGGUAUUCCCAAUGUCUACUACUUUGGUCAGGAGGGUCUUCACAAUAUUCUCGUCAUCGACUUGCUCGGACCCAGUUUGGAAGACCUCUUCGACCACUGUAACCGCAGAUUCUCCAUAAAGACAGUCGUCAUGGUUGCAAAGCAGAUGUUGUCACGAGUACAAACGAUACACGAGAAGAACCUCAUCUACCGUGAUAUCAAACCCGACAACUUCUUAAUUGGCCGGCCCAACUCAAAGGCCAGCAAUGUUAUACAUGUCGUUGACUUCGGCAUGGCUAAACAGUACCGAGAUCCCAAGACUAAACAGCACAUCCCUUACCGAGAGAGAAAAUCCCUCUCAGGAACUGCUCGGUACAUGAGUAUCAACACUCACCUGGGUAGAGAACAGUCGCGUCGUGACGACCUCGAAGCCCUCGGCCACGUGUUCAUGUAUUUCCUUCGUGGUGGUCUACCGUGGCAGGGCCUCAAAGCUGCUACUAACAAACAGAAAUACGAAAAGAUCGGAGAGAAGAAACAGACUACUGUCAUUAAGGACCUUUGCGAAGGUUUCCCUGAGGAGUUCACCAAGUACCUCACAUACGUUCGAAACCUCGGCUUCGAGGACACUCCCGACUACGACUAUCUGCGUGACCUCUUCACCCAGGCCCUUAAGAACACGGGUGAUGUAGAGGAUGGAGAGUACGACUGGAUGAAGCUUAACGGAGGCAAGGGUUGGGAGGCGGCAAAGCCAUAUGCUUCUCACCACCACCUGCACGGCGCCAAUGCUCUGCCUAACAGCUCCGCCCGUGACCUCCAUGGUUCUGCAGCCCCCCGAGCAUCCCAUCGGCCUGGUGUCACCGCUGACCGUUUAAACGCCGCGCAGCCCCCGCCCCCUUCUCCUGCAAAAGCCGGAGUUGGGAAAGCGCGAGAGCGGCCAAACGCCUCAGGCGUGCCGCAAGUCAAACGUCAAAACGGAGUGGCGGGGGGUCUCGAGGCCACGACUACAGCUUCGACACAAGCUCAAUUCCAAAACUCUAACCUACAUCUCCCCGGAAAUCGAGUCAACACCCCAGGGAACCAGGCCAUGGCUAGCCAGGCACAGCAACCGCGAAGGGCUCCUGAGCCAGAACCUACGUUCGUGCAGAAGAUUAUGAAGGCGUUGUGUUGUGGUAGGUCUCGAGUCCAGAACGACUCGUAG